AUGUCCAAGCGGGGCGGGCCGAUCGUUCUCACUGACGACUCCUCCGAUGAUGCCGAGGAAGUGGAUCAAAUCAGAGAGGACGAGGAUGCGGAGCCCGUGCAGCUCCCGAGCCGUAGUCAGCGGGCUAAGCGCCCUCGCUCAGAAGAUGGCUCGGCGUCGGAGCCCGAUGCUAAGCGGCAACAGAUGAUUGUUCUCGAUGAUGAAUCCGAAGAAGACGACGACAUGCCGCUGGCCACGCCAGCCUCUGCGCGUGCACGAGGCCGCAAGCCGGCAGUUCUUCCGGACGACGACGACAGUGAUGAGGACAUUGUGUCGCCGACUAAACGCAGAAGGCGUCUCGUUGCCGCAAAGUCUGCCAGUCCGUCCCCCGACCUGCCAGACGUAGCGGAGGUCGGCUCGUCCAAACAGGGGGUGCAGCUACAGACCCCGAAGAAGACUCAGUCUUCACCCACCAAACGUGGAUCGCGCAGUGCUCGCACUGGGCAUCGAACUUUCAAGGACAAGCAGAAGGAGGUCCUGCGCAGGAGGAGACAGGGCGAGAACAUCACCAUCGAGGAACUCACCGAGUCGUCAUCGGACGAGGAGGAUCAAAAGGGGGAGUAUGACACGGACUCGGACUUCGCCGCCCUUGAUGAAUUCGAUGACGAAGAAGAGGAAGUCGAGGGGCAACCCAGCUCGCCACUCAAGCAACAUAAGAAUCGAAAGGAUAAGGCAAAGAAGACCAAGUCGGCAGAGAAGGAGAAGCCUUCCAAGGGCAAAGAGCACGGCGAAUACAACGAUGAAGAUCUGGAGGACUUCGUGGUUGAGGAUGACGAAGGACCGCUGGGUGUGCCGGCAGACCUACUGCGACAAGAGAUCCCGUUGGAAUUCACAUCCCACGCGCACAAGCCGCUCAAGGCACACUUCAAAGAUGCCGUCGAGUGGCUUGUUCAUCGCCGUCUCAACCCGGCGUUCGACAAGGACGACGGCCUUUAUAAGAUUGCUUGGAGGAAGUUGGACGACGAGGUGCGGGGGCUGGCGCAGUCUAAAUUCAUGUCGGCGGGCUGGAAGCCCGAGUUCUACAAGGCGCUGCGUGCUCGACCUUACCUAGAGAGCUACGAGCUCGACAGGAACGACCCGGACAGGGGCGAGGCGUGCCAUGCCUGUGGGAGAAGCAAGCAUCCCGCCACCUUCAAGAUUUCCAUGAUCGGGUCCGCCUACUACAAGGACUCCCUCGAAGAGGUCGAAUCGGACAGCGACUCGGAGGAUGGCUCAGAGGAGGAGGGCAGCCGGGCAUCUCGCGACGAGGAUGGCAACACGUUACAGCCGCAGCACAAGGAGUGGUUCGUCGGCGUCGUGUGCAACUCGAACGCCGAGACGGCGCACAGCCUGAUCCACUGGAAGCACGCGCUCAUGGACUGGGUCGGCGAGAACCUGGAGAGGCAGGGGCUCAUGACGGCGGCCAAGCUCAAGGAGCGCGAGAAGAUGAAGGGCAAGAAGCGGCGGCGGCUGGCCAACGAGACGGUGGACCAGUGGGAGGCAAGCGGCGUCAUCAAGGCGCUGUGGGGGGACUUUAAGAAGAACCUCGAGGAGGCGAGGACCAAGAGCACCACCGUCGUUGGGCGGAGGGGUAGGAGAUAG